ACUUCAGCAUCAGAAGAUGCAUGCAAAGCAUGGCCAUGGAUCUAUGCAUAUGGAGAUGGUUCUUAUUCUCAUUGCAACCUUGGUAGUGGCACAGAUUGUACUGGUUCAAUGGAAGCAAAGGCACUGCAGCUCAUACAAUCUGGUAACCCUCCUGCAGAUGUGGGUUGUUCCUUUGUAUUUCACCAUCAAACUUCACUGGUGGCAAUUUCUGUCCAUGUGGGGAAUGUUCUAACUUAUUACCAGUUACAUCAUCUUCAGAGAUACCCGCAAACCCUUCUCAGGCAGAACACUACGGUUGGUCUACAAGUGGUUUCUUCUUAUCUAUAAACUGAGUUGCAUGUUUACCAUGUUUGGAUUUAAUUUAUUCUUUCGAAUCAAGACGGAAGAUUCCAUGGAUUUUGGUGUGAUAUUGCUGUUUUAUGGAAUCUACUAUGGAGUGAUGGGAAGAGACUUUGCAGAGAUUUGUUCUGAUUACAUGGCUUCCACUAUAGGCAUAAGUUUUUAUAAUGUCAGUGGGAUGCCUACAAGAAAUUUGUCCAAUGACAUCUGUGCAGUCUGUAGACAGAAAAUCUUUGUGGACAUAAAUGAGGAAGGGAUAAUUGAAAAUACCUACCAGCUGUCAUGCAAUCAUGUAUUUCAUGAAUUUUGCAUCCGAGGUUGGUGCAUUGUUAGCAAAAAGCAGACUUGCCCAUACUGCAACGAGAAAGUUGAUUUGAAGAGGAUGUUAAGUAACCCGUGGGAGCGUACAAACAUGUAGGGGCAACUGUUGGAUUGGCUCCGCUAUCUGGUGGCCUGGCAACCAGUUGUUAUAGGAAUAGUCCAAGUCAUUAACUAUUCGCUGGGCUUAGACUAG